GAGGCUGAGGGAGGAGGCUGACAAGCAGAGCCCCUCAGGGGACUCUGGGAGGAGGCCAGAUGCCCCAGUGCUAAACCCUAGCUUGGCCACCCUCCCCCUGGGUCAGCAGAGCAGCCUCAGUUUGCUCAUCUAAAAGUCGUGUUAAUCAUCCCCACCCAUGUGGGGGUUGUGAGCAUUAAAUGAUUAAGUAGUGCUCAGUACCUCCUGUAUCCUGGAGGACGGUGGCAGGUGCCCACCCCCACCUACAUCACAUGGACACGCGGCCACUCACAUUCACAGAGGAACUAAGAAAACUGGCAGACUCCCAGUCCUGAGCGCCUUAUGGGGGCAGACGAGAGGCCAGGAUGAGGGCCUUGCAUUCAGAAGGGCCGCCGCGUUGCUGUGGUGCAUACAGGGCCUCCGAACUGAGCCUCGUCCCAGAGCCAGCCUCACGGAGCAGGGCUCAUUUGCCCACGCUGGCCCCCAGCCACUUCUCUGGCAUCUUCCCAGGGGGCUAGCAUGUAGGGAAAGGGGAGCAAACCCCUUUGUCAGCAUUAUCCUGGAGGACGGAUAACCUCACUCCAACCCUGGGAAGUGGGAACUAUUAACCCCUUUUAUAGACGAUAAAGCUGAGGCUCAGGAGGCAAAGGAGUUCAUCCUCUCACCCAGCUACUAUAAUAAGUGCAGGAGCUGACAUCCGAACCCAGGCCUGGCUCUAAAACCUGUGUGCCCCUUCCCGGAAGCAGAACAGCCGGCGAUUGGAAGCCCCCACCUUUAAACCAAGGUGGGGGUAGGGUGGCAGAAGAGCCUCAGCUCCCCUUGGAGGUGGGCAUGGUAAUGAGCCGCCGACUUGCAGUUUAUCUCUGGAUGAUGUCAUGGGGUUGCCAGCUCGGCCCACACACCCCACAGCUGCCUCCCUACAUCCCUGUGCACCAUCCCAGAAGAAAAAAAAUUAAAUUUUCAGAAACAAGAGCCAGCAUAGGGUCGGCUGAGCCCUGUCUGUUGACAGUUCCACUGAUUGCCUGGCUGUGCACACUUGACCGAUUGUUGCGAGUGAGUGAGGGAUGCCAUCUUGUGGAGGGACCCUCCGUGGCCAGCCAGCUCUGUGGCCUCCGUGGACACGGACAAGCAGGGAGCUGUGGCAAAUCAAGAGAGAAAGGCCUGAAGCCGAUGGACCACAAUGGACUGGCAGACCCCUAUGUCAAGCUGCAUCUGUUGCCAGGAGCCAGUAAGGCAAAUAAGCUCAGAACAAAAACUCUCCGAAACACCCUGAACCCCACGUGGAAUGAGACCCUCACUUACUACGGGAUCACAGAUGAAGACAUGAUCCGAAAGACCCUGCGGAUCUCCGUGUGUGACGAGGACAAAUUCCGUCACAAUGAGUUCAUUGGGGAGACGAGAGUGCCCCUGAAGAAGCUGAAACCCAACCACACCAAGACGUUCAGCAUCUGCCUGGAGAAGCAGCUUCCGGUGGACAAGACGGAAGACAAGUCCCUGGAGGAGCGGGGCCGCAUCCUCAUCUCCCUCAAGUACAGCUCACAGAAGCAGGGCCUGCUGGUCGGCAUCGUGCGGUGUGCACACCUGGCUGCCAUGGACGCCAACGGCUACUCGGACCCCUACGUGAAAACAUACCUGAAGCCAGAUGUGGACAAGAAAUCCAAACAUAAGACAGCAGUAAAGAAGAAGACCCUGAACCCAGAGUUCAAUGAGGAGUUCUGUUACGAGAUUAAGCACGGGGACCUGGCCAAGAAGACCUUGGAGGUCACUGUUUGGGAUUAUGACAUUGGAAAAUCCAACGAUUUUAUUGGUGGUGUGGUUCUGGGCAUCAACGCCAAGGGCGAGCGCCUGAAGCACUGGUUUGACUGCCUGAAGAACAAGGACAAGCGGAUAGAGCGCUGGCACACACUCACCAAUGAACUCCCUGGGGCUGUGCUCAGCGACUGACCGGCCCCCACCUGCUGCUGCACCCGCCCCUACGUGUCACCUGGCCCAGCCCAGGCCUGGCCCUGGGCUUCCUCAGCUGCCGUCAAGGGCCUUGGCCCCCAUGUUGGGGGAAAUCCAGGACACCUGCUCGGACACAGAACCACUGCAGCCCCCACUUGGAGGCCAUGGAGGACCCAGCCAUUCCGAGGGACAGCGAGGACAGAGCCGGGCCUUCUUUCAGCUCCUGGGGCCUCACAGGGCCAGAGGUGGGAAGAGAGGAGCUUGGCCUCAGCACCCACCCCAGGGAAGGGGGUGGGGCUGUCCAGGGGCAAGGACCCUACUACAAGCCAGCAGAAAGUCACAGGGGGCCCGAGGCUGAGAGAACAGGAGUGCAGGGGUGCCCAGGCAGAGCCAGUGAGAACUGAGAGGGGCAUUAGGAAGAGGCACAUGGGGAGACGAGACUGUGGGCAGGACAUGACUCUGACUACAUCCAUUCAUCUCCGCAUUACUGGGCAGUUGGAAAACAAGUUGACCUGAGAGCCAGGAGUCUGGUGAAGCUCCCAGAAGCUCCCAAUGAACAUGGUUCAGUUGGCAAAUGCUUCACUCAGUGAUUUCACAAGCCCCUGGGGAUGACUGAGAUCCAGGGCCUGCCCUGGUGGAGUUCUCCUAUCUAGUCAGGGAGCUGAAAACAAACCAUGACAACAGGGACUGAGGAAUGAAUGCCAAGGCCAGCCUGGCGCACCCGCGAGUGCUAUGGAUUCUGCUAGGAGAGCAGGAAGGGCUCCCCAGAGAAGGUGAUGCUUUAGCAAGGCCUUACAGGACAGUAGAGUUUCUAAGCAGACAAAGGGAAGGGAGGGCAGUGCAGGCGGUGGGAAUGGUCUGCACAGGCCUGGAGGGGAGGGAACAGCGAUGAGGCCAGGGUUGCUGUGAGGGACCCGGGGUUCAUCUGGGGGGCAGGGGCAAUGGCACCCAGCCCUUUUCCUUCCCCACCCCUGGCUGCCAGGCCAGCCUGGGCUCAUAGCUGUGGGGGAAAUGCCAGAAGUACUGGAAGUACCGUGGUGAAACGGACGUCGCCGAGUCCAGUUCAGUCCUCGGACCCUGUUCUCCCACCUUGGAUCUCUCGUCUCCGGAGGAACCUGGAGGCUGGAUCCUGCCUCUCCUUCUUCCCGCUUAAGCAUCAGGUCAGCUGUGGUCAGGAAGAGAAAACGGGCCCUUUGCUUUGUAUGAAAGGAAGCAAAAUGUCCUCCUUGUCCUCAUCCUCCUCUUCCCUUCCGCCGCCUGCCACCUGGGCCCUUCUGGGUGCAGAGCUGGGUAGUGAGUAGGACCCCAGGUGGUUGCCCAUGCAUCCUGGCCCUCCUGUGGCCACUGAUGUCCCUCUCAGGAAUACUGGGCAGCAGCCCAGGGCCUUGUUUCUGGGAAAGCUGAGAGGGAGACACCCUGCCUGGUGGGCCUGUCAGCACCCUGAGUCAGGGUUUCUAGGGAGGGGUUGAAGGGUUGGGGCUCAGAUCUGAAGCCCCAGACUUUUCCUGCCUACCAAGGGGCCUUUAGGAAUGCUGGAUGGACAAAUGCAUAACCAAGGAAUUUCUGUGUUCAACCUAUCACUGCACUGGUGGGAAACGGAGCCCACAUAAGGAAAGUGACCUGCCCAAGGCCUUCCAGCCUUACCACAGCUGGGGUCAACCAGGCUUCAUGGCCCCUGCCCCACCCCCAAACCAGAGCUCUGGACACCACACUUCAGGGGAAGUGAGGUGCUGGGCUCACACAUGAGAGGUCCUGCUAGCUGCCUGCCUGGGGCUCACCCCCGCUGCCUGCUGCCCACCCACACCAACACUAGCAGCAGGGGCACAGGGGUUGGACCUUCUGCUGCAAACACAAAGCACACCACCAUCUGAGGCCUGGGGUGAUGAUUCGAAUCCCACCAAGUGCCCAUCAGCCCUUUCCUAGUUUGCAGGGAAUUUGGGACUCCAGCCCCACACAGUACCUGGGAACUUUUGCUGGUCAUGGAGCCUUGACUGUACUGUCUUUAGGAAGGCUUUGUGUGUGGUAAGGGUUUUAUGUGCACUGUCUUAAUGAAUCUUCACAACUGAGGCCCAGCGGGGACAAGAACCUAGGACUCCUGGCACCCAGUCCAGGGCCCUCUGCUGCCUCGGGCUGUGCAAGUGUAGAGUUGACCCUGAAAGAUGGUCCAAGCUGACCACAGGGUCAGUCUGGCAGGGAGACAGGACUUCUUGACAGGCAGCCCAAGUGGAGGAUGGGGCGCAGGAAGGCCCCCCAGGAAGUGACAGAACUUUCACCAGAACCCUGGCACUGUUGCAGAUUGUCUCUCUGUAAAAGAAAAAGCUCUUUGAGAAGAGUCAUUUCAAAGUCAGGUGUCAGUAAUCAGGGUGUCGCCCGAUGCACUGCAUCCACCUCCACCCCACCUCCCUUCCUGGUCCCCACCCCACCCACCGCCACCACUAGCCAGUCCCCAACUGGCCCGUCUUCCAACCCUGAAGUGGUAACCUCCUGACCUCUAGUGGCGAGAACGAGGAACUGCACCUCCCGGCCUGUGCAUGUCCGGCCUUUGUUCCUUCUCAACCGAGAGAACCUCCCAUGCAUGGACUCUGGCUGUCGUCGAUGCAGACUCUCGUGCACUGCUUAAUACUGUUUUGCUACCAUGUGAUGGCUGCAGAAAUCGUCCUUAACUGCAGCCCCACACACAAUUUUUGUAUUUUCGUCUGACCUACCCGAAGGUGUCCUUUUUAAGUCUUAUUUGUUAAUAUUUAUAAUGACAUAUAAUCCAAAGUAAAUGGAAACGUUCAUUGCGAUCAUAUUGGCUUGGGAGACUCCUUUUUAAUAGAUUUGAAUGAGUGGGCAGGAAAGACCGAGAAUGGCAAUAGGUUUACUUAGAACAUUUUCUCAUUUACUCUUCAUCAAGAACCCAUUUGAAGUAGGUUCCCGUUACAGAUGGGAAACUGAGGUUCACAGAGGUUAACACAUUUGUGCAGAAUCACACAGUUGGAAGUAAUAGAUCCAGAAUUCAACUCAUGCCUCCCAAGACUUUUUACACCAGGAUCAGCAUGGCAUGCUAUCAGCCACCCAUUCAACAAGCAGCUGUGGGGGGCUGGCCGAGUGGUGCAUGGGUUAAGAGUUGGCUUGGGACGCCAGCUCUGAGCAGCAGCCCUGGUUCAG